GGCCGCCCCGCGAGCGGAGCCGAGCGGAACGGAGCGGAGCGGAACGGGGGGGCUGCCGCGGGUCUUCCUGGCGGGGCGGCGAGGGGAGGCCCCGGGGCAGGGGGCGGAGCGGGGCCCGCGCUGGGUGGCUAUGGAGGCUCCGGCGGGCACGGGCAGCGCGGGCCUGGCUCGGGCCUGGCGCCGGUCCCGGCCCCUUGCCCGUGCCAGCGGGGCUGUCACGCCGGGCAGUGCCCAGCCGGCCCCGCGCUGCUGGCGGUGAGAAAGGGCUCGGGAGGGAUCUCAGCAGAGUGGGAGAUGCCUGAAGGGUGGGCACAGAGGGUACAGCCAGGCUUUGCUCGGUGCUGCCUGCGGACCGGACCGGGCACCAUGGGCACACAAUGAAACGCUGUCUGAACGUAAGGAAAAGCUUUUCUCUGAGGGUGGCUGACGACACGCUGUCCAGGGAGGCUCUGGAGUCUUUCUCCUUGGGGUUAUUCAAAGGCGACCUGGACGUGGUCCUGGGAAACCAGCGUGGGGUGGCCCUGCCUGAGCAAGAGAGCGGGACCUGCAGGGAUCCCUGACAUCCUAAACCAUUCUGUGACUCCUGAAACCUUUCUGAAGCUUUGCUGCAAGUGCCAUGCUCACAGCUCAGUUACACAGGUUGCCAGCAUCUGUAUUCAUCCAUUGAUAAGAAGACUCUUUGAUAUUUUUAACGCAGGCUGUGCUUGUUCUGAAAAACUCAGACUUUGGCGUUCCCAGUGUAAAGUCCAGAGUGGGUCUGGUCAGUGACAUUGCCCACAGAAGAAUGAACACCCAUCACAGUGUCAGUCAGUUUUGUACAGGGCCUCUGUGUUCAGACCUCAGUAUCAAAUCCCAAUAUCUGUGUUUCAGUUUAUUCUAUAUGGCACGGUUGGUUACCCACUGAGAGCACAUCAAUGGACUUGGAAGCUAAAGAUGAAGAGGAGGAGAGUCUACAAACAGCAUUCAAAAAGCUGAGAGUGGAUGCAGCAGGAUGUAUUGCAGCUCUGUCCGUGGGCGACGGGACCAUUCUCAGAACAGCGACAAGAGCAGCCAUGGAUGGAGCCAAGCAGCAGCCUGUCAGCUCCAAGGAGGCAUGGCAUGGGUGUGUGAGAAAGCCCUCCCGAGGAUCAGCGAGGGUCCCGCGGCGCCGGCGCUCCAAGUCUCCAGUCCUGCACCCUCCCAAGUUCACCUAUUGCAACAUGAAAGCCAACAGCCAGCUGAAACACAAACCCCAGGCAGACACUUCCAAGGGUGUCAUCAGCUCAGAUGUUUUUGUCCCAGCAGAACAUGGUACGAAGGACGGGCAGGAUUCUCACCUUGAGGCCAGUAACGACAGAACUGAACCGUUGGAAGCUUUCACCGCCGAAGAGCCUUUGCAACAGCUGGGGGAGAAUUGCCCUGCUCUCUCCUCAUCCUUUGAGAACAGCUUGCAAACCUCAGAUUUCCAGUCCUUAUCCAUGCUCAGCAAGGGCAGGCAGUGCCCCUGCAGGGACAGGAAGUGCCAGUGCCAGCAGUGGCGCACCAUGCAGGUGUACUCCUUCUCCGGCCUGCGCAGCGUCCUGUCCGAGUGCGAGAGGGCUGUCCUGGGAGUCCAUGCCCACUCCCUCCAGAACAGAUCUCCCUCUGGCACAGCCUCUGCCAGCUCUCCCAGGUCUUGUUCUGAGCAAGCUCGAGCCUUUGUGGAUGAUGUGACUAUUGAAGAUCUUUCGGGAUACAUGGAGUACUACUUAUAUAUUCCCAAGAAAAUGUCUCACAUGGCAGAGAUGAUGUAUACUUGACUGUAAGCAAUAGAGAAUCCUGAAGCAGAGUUUGAUACAAUGGUUGGGCUAAUUGCCUUGUCAGUGCCAUGUUUUCACUGUUGUGUGUUUGAUUAAAUGUUUCUUUGCCUCAUACAGUUUAGUUUUCUAAUAAAAUGAAAAAUUAAAUAUAGUUUCUGAGCUUAGUUCUAAAAAGAAUGCACUAAAGUCUCUGAAUACCUUAACAAAAGCACUCUAGAUCAAAUGAGCUCUGUUUGGUUUUUGGUUUGUGCUGUGGAUAUUGAAGCUCUGUAUGCUAUUUUCACUAUGUUUUGGAAAAAAAAACCAAACAAAACCAAAAAAACUUCUAUUUUUUUCUGAUAUUUUGAUGUGUUUGGAAUGUUCAUUCUUAAUGUACCUCCAUACUUAGAGAAAAGUUUCACAGCUACAGCUCCAUCUUCUUUAUCCUGCUCUAGAGAGAAGGAUGAGAAGACAUUCAGCAUUUUGGAUAGGAUGAAUCUCCUUUCCUUGAACACUGGCUGGCUCCUUUUUUAGUUGGAUCAAGUUGUGAAUGCUUCUUCCUUACAAUUUUUUUGGGAGGUCCAGAGCGUGUGUACUUGGACCCUUCCUUAAUCUAAAUCGCUCACUCUUAAGCAGUUCUAUUUUUCUGCAGAUAAGUGAAGCUCUUAGAAGUAAAAAUAUAUUUUGUUAUUUGUGCUUUACAGAUGGAAUAAUUUAGGGGGGAGUGGAGCAGGCUACCAGGUUUUUUGGGCUGUGCAGUCUCAGAAGUGGAGAGGGUGGAACUGUCUAUACAGGAUAUUUCUGAGCACAUCUGAUACACAAAGUGGUGUGGAAAGGGGGUGAACAAGAUGUGUGUCAUCCUGGCUUUGUGCUGUAGAGCUAUGACAUUCCUGCUGGUUGAAAAUAACUGCAAUAAAAAAUUCUGUUGCCGAGACUUGCAUUAAUAAAUGUUUGUCAAAACCCA